CCAGGGCAUGAAGUCAACAUUUUUAAAGAAGGAAGAACAUAUGCACACGGCUUAAAUUCCGUCCCAGAGUGUCGAUGGUGGUAUAAUUGUCACAGCCACCUCUGCAGAAGACAGUGUUCAGCAUAAGACUGAUUCACCCUGAUGUCCCCACCACAGCUUCUGUCCCGAUGUCAUUUAUUGGAGCUAUUUUAAGUCGGAAACUUUGUGGCAUUAAUAUUUAAGAAAGAAAGGAGGAACUGAGUAGAGUGCUAGCUCCUGACCCGAUUUCAUUCUCUACUCGCCUGAGUAUCAAGUGGAAGAGAAAGUUGACCCAUGUGGGGAAAUUUCCAUAGGAUGAAAGCCCUGGCUUUACAGUCAUGUGGACUUGGAUUCAAACCCCAGCUCUUACUAUAUCCACACAACACUUACUAGUGUGUGUCCUGGGCAAAGUCAGAGGCCUCAGUUUCCUGGCUGUCAAAUGGGAAUAAUGCCUAGGUUAAGUUGUUUCUGAGAUUCAUUUGAGAUCAUGUAUGUAACGUGUUUUUAAACACCCUGGCUAUACUAAAUAUUAAAGAAAGACAUAGUAGAUACUGUUGAUCACUGAUACAUUGAUCAUAUUUUGCUAAAAGGGAAAAUAUUCAACUUGCCAAACCUAAUAACUUGUCUCUUUAAAAAAACACACACAUUAAGCUUGUGGUUGGGUUGUCUGCCAAUUUCUUUGCCUUUCUUGCUGAGUCAUACUUCUGCCUAAUUAGUGUGUUGCCUGUUAUAUAUUCUGGUCAAGCUGAACUGUCUCAUAUCAGAGAGGAAAUAACUUUCUGCCUUCAAGCUCUUUACUUGACUGCCAAGUCAGGGUGCUCUGAGGAGGCAGCCUGCUUUUUGGGUGUGCACACAGCAGGGAUGGCAGACUUUGGGAUCUCGGCUGGCCAGUCCGUGGCGGUGGUCUGGGAUGAGCCCUCCCCGCCGGAGGCUCUGAAAGACCUGGUGGAAAAGCUGCAGGCGAUAACCGGCAGUGAGGGCCGAGUGUCUGUGGAAAACAUCAACCAGCUGUUGCAAUCUGCACACAAAGAAUCUAGCUUUGACGUUAUUCUAGCGGGUGCAAUUCCUGGAAGCUGCACUCUGCACAGUGCUGAGGUUCUGGCUGAGAUGGCCCGGAUCCUUCGGCCUGGGGGAAGUCUGUUUCUGAAAGAGCCAGUGGAGACAGCUGUAGCUAACGAUAGCAAAGUGAAGACGGCGUCUAAGCUGUGUUCGGCCCUGACUCUGUCUGGUCUUGUGGAGGUGAAAGAGCUGCAUCGGGAGUCCUUGAGCCCUGAGGAGAUACAGUCUGUCCAAGAACAUCUGGGUUACCAUAGUGACAGUUUGGUCUCUGUGCAAAUCACAGGCAAAAAACCCAACUUUGAAGUGGGUUCUUCUAGUCAACUUAAGCUUUCUACUGCCAAGAAGUCGUCUCCCUCAGUGAAGCCUGCUGUGGACCCUGCAGCUGCCAAACUCUGGACCCUCUCAGCCAAUGACAUGGAGGAUGAGAGCAUGGAUCUCAUUGACUCAGAUGAGCUGCUGGACCCAGAGGAUUUGAAGAAGCCAGACCCAGCCUCCCUGCGGGCCCCCUCCUGCGGAGAGGGGAAGAAGAGGAAGGCCUGCAAGAACUGCACGUGUGGCCUUGCUGAAGAACUGGAAAAAGAGAAUUCCCGGGCACAGACAAGCUCCCAACCCAAGUCGGCUUGUGGAAACUGUUACCUGGGCGACGCUUUCCGCUGCGCCAGCUGCCCCUACCUCGGGAUGCCAGCCUUCAAGCCCGGGGAGCAGGUGCUCCUGAGCAACAGCAACCUCAGCGAUGCCUAGGAGGGCCCCGCGGGCACACGGCUCCUCCGCCAUCCUGCCUCAGACCCUGUCUCUGCACUGGCUCCCUCUCUCCGAAACCCGUUUGCAGGGAGGGGCUUAGGCAGAGUGAAGCUGCCUGUGGGGUGCCGGGGUGUGUAGUGCUGCUGU